AUGGCACCUUCCCAAGACUGUAACGCGACUAAAACCACCACAAACAUCAAAAUCGUCGAUCUUGCCUUUUAUACGGAACCUGGCUAUUGCACACAUCAAUAUUUCUUUAGGAGAACCCCUUCUAGAAAGGAUGAUUUCGGAUACGCCGAGGAAAUCUUUAUGAGGUCUAAGGGAGUAGAAUUCAUCUACAGGCUAUCCGAUCGGCUUAAAAUUGACAUUGAAACGAAGAUGAUUGCCACCGUGAUGUUUCAUAGAUUCUAUAUGAUAAAGAGCCUUAAACAGUACAACUUUUUCGAUGUGGGUGCGGCCGCGCUAUUGUUAGCCUCCAAGGUCGGUAUGGUUUCCAAGAUAAACCUUCUCGAUCUUGCUGGAUGGUGCGGUCUCAUAAAACUUCAUGAUCAAAGACUUGUUACUGAAAAGGAGAUUGAUCGUUGGGUUCGAGCCAUAAGAAACGCGGAAAGUGCAAUAUUCGAAGCGCAACACCUCACAUGCUUUGAUAUAGAGCUUCCUUAUACGCAUCUAUUCGAAAUCAGCAGCAAAAUUAAAGGAAUUAGCAAAGAGUUGAAAGUAAAAAUUUUAUCCGAAGCUUAUGCCUUCAUAGAAAUUAGCAUGAGGACACCAAUCAUGUUGUUUUUCAAUCCAGGCACCGUUGCGGCUGCCGCGUGGUGGCUGGCGUCCAAGUCAGUAGACUGCCCUCAAAACGACAACCCAGCAAUGGGUACACUUUGGUGGUGUGCGGUUGAUCACCCAAGGGAUCUUUACGCCAUUGCUGACAUACAGUGGGGGCGUGACCAUAAAGAAAAGGGUGAGCUAAACGUAAACUUUAUAAAAUUUAUUGCCGAUAAUGAAACUGACUCCAAUUUGUUCCUAGUCACAUUGCAGCCACCCGGAAUUCUGCGAGAAAAAUCCUAUUCAUUUCGAAUGCACGUACCUCACAGUCGAGCAAUCACCACAACAUAA